AUGGACGAGGGUUUAGCAGUCAUUUUUUCCAAAGUUAAAAAUUCGGAUUUUACAGAAGAAGAAAAAGCAGAAAAAGCAGCCUUACGCUCCUAUUUUGCUAAGAAUGAUGAUUUAACAAAUUCAGAAAGCACAGCUCUUCGUUUAUGUUCAGCUGGUGAUGAGAAGUGUGCUUAUUUAAGGAGAUUAAUUCCUGAAUCUGAUAUUUACCGCAUACUUAAUCAUCCUAAUUUCACAGCAGAAGAAAAAGCGACCAUACGCACUUAUUUCACUAAAAACUAUGCUUUAGUGAGUUCAGCAAAUGCCGCCCUUCGUUCAUGCUCAACUGAGAAGGAAAAAUGCGAUUAUUUAAAGAAUUUAAUCUCUGAAUCUGUAUUGGAGAAAGCGAAUGAAUGUUGGUCUAAAUCUCAAAAUGUUCUGACCAAGUUAAUCGAAUUGGAAAAUUUCAUAGUUACAAACCACAUAUUUGCUGAAAACAUUAACAUAGCAAGAAUACCUACCAUUAAAAAAAAGCCUAUGUUCAUUUUACAUUCAUUGCCAGAUCUUGAUAAUGACCAGCUUAUCACUGAAAGCUAUGUUCAGAAAGAAAAACUUCUUGAACUACGCAAUAAAGAAGAAGAUCAGAAUAUACUUAUUACUGAUUUUACCGAAAAAUUUAAAAAUCUGAUCCCUACACAAGAACAUUUACCAAUUGUUAUCGAUGAAUCACAAGCAGCCAUCAAAAAGUUUGAGUACAUGUUUACCACAACACUAGCUGAUCGUCAGCUACGACCAUUUUUUAGUAUCUUACUUCGUACAGUACUUGAUCUCGGCACAAAUAACUUGUGUCUUAUAUUAUCAGGGACAGGAAUGGCUUUCGAUGAUAUGAAGAUUUACACUACAUCUGCUAUUGCUAAGUCAGGUGGUCCCACAUCUGAGAAUUUUUUUACUAUUAAUGAUGGUUUCUACGAAUUUAGUGAAAUGAAAGAAUUCAUUUUGCGGUUUUUGCCACUAAAUGACAGUCAAAUGACUAGCACAUUUAAUAUUUUUCAAGGUCGUCGACGAUUUGUAGUUCAGUUUUUGGAACAUGCUAUAUUGGAGACUUUCUCAAUAUCCCAUUCUAAUUUAGAUGAUGUCAAGAAAGUAGUGUGGAACAAAGUACGGGAUGUUACUAUUUUUAGUAUGUUUUCUCGAUGGACAAAGUAUGUGAGAGGUGAUGGUGUUGCCGAAAUGGUUCAAUAUGGCUUUGCACAACUAGACAGUAUUGAUGAUCCAGAAAAUUUAACUAUGUUCCAAAAGGAUGCUAUCACAGUACGCAUAGCAGAACCGCUUCCCAUCUUGGCAUUUAUAGAAUAUGUGAAAGAGAAUCCUGAAAAUACUCCUGAAGUAAUCAAAA